CCCCCCUGAAACAUCUCAUUGUAUUAUUGUUUAUCCCGUGGACAGCCAAACCCACAUAUCCAAACAAUUAAAAGUAAUAUGAUAAUCAUAUUUCAUCAUUUGCUAAUCAUAUGAACCUCCAACUAUAUGAAAAUUUCAACUGAAUCAUUCAAAAUUAACAAUAAAUCAACCAAUACAUUCAUUCUCGUCACAGACAAAACAUAGAGAGACAAACAUGGAACGGUAAUAGAAUUACUAGAUGAGUUUGAAAGGAAGAGGCCAUGGAGUGGACCUAGGGACCUCCAAUUUGUCCUUGAUGCGUUCGAUCUUCUUCUCCUUCUUAGGCCUUGAGUUUCCGAACGAUCCUUUGAACCGCUUCCCCUUCUUUGUCUUCUUAUCCCCUCGGCCGCACAGGACCGGCGCUUCUCCCAUCGCCGAUGUGCUGCGGCUAACUGAAGACGACUGUGACAAAUACGAAAUCCGCCGUUCCGAUGCGACCACCAACCGCUUCGCCGCCGUGCAGCACCAGACCGCCGCCAUUGCGUUUUACCCCAAUCUUAAACCCUAGAGUUCUGGAGACGGCUGAUUCCAGCGAGUUAGUGGGUUUUUGGAGGGGUUUCUUUUGGAAGCUCCACACUCUUUGACUCGGAUCUGAUUGGGGGAGCCGCUUGCUUCUUUUGAGAUUUCUAAGUAAACGAUUGUUUUCGCGUCUAAAGUAAUUUCCCUUUCUUUUUUUUUUUUUUUGAAGAAA